GCCCUUUAGCGCUGGCUCUCGCCCGCGACGGGAGCGGCUCUUUCUCUCCGCCACAGCCCCGAGCGAGGCGCAGCCGAUCGGGUGCCGCCCGCGGCCCGGCCUAGCGCAGCGGACUCAGGUGAGCGCGGCGCCGCGUCCCGCUGGCGGUCGCCGGGCCCCGCCUCGCCUCAGCGCCGCGUCCUCCAUUUUGUGAGCGCGGCGUGGAGCGUUCGGCGGCCGCGGGCGGCGGAAGGCGCCGCCGGGCGGCGCCGCCAUUUCGUACCCGCCGGGGCUUCCCGUCCGCGCCCGGCCCCGGCCGCCCCGCUCCGCCGCCUCCCGCCUCGGCACCCCCCCCCCGCCCCGCCCCGCCGUCCCCGGGGACGCGGCCGCCGCGGAGCCGCCGGGCUCCCGCCAUCGCCGCGGCCCCGACCCCACCCAGCGACGGCCGCGGCGCUCCUAGCCGAGAACGGAGGGCCUCCGUCCCGCGGCCUCUGUUCCGGGGCCGGGACCACUCCCGCCGGGGGGAGGGUCCCACCGCGCCCCGCCGCCAGGAGGCGAAGCGGCCCGUGCUGCCCGCGGGGCCCCGCCCGGCCCCGGCAUCGCCUCCCGCCCCGCUGGGCUGCAGCCUCCGGGUUGAGCACACCGCGCUCCUUUCUUCCUUCUUAAACAUCUUUUUCCGUAUCCCGCCUUUCUUCGGCCCUCCCCUGCGGGGUGAAGGCACGUGGGGAAGGCCCCCCGGGCUCGUUGGAGCUGGGUGUCUUGCUGCGCAUCCCCGGCUCUGAGGCGCGUUCUGUUGCUGGCAGCGUGACGUCCCCAGCUUCUCCUGCCUUUGCUACGACACUGCCCUCGCCCCGCCGCCGGCCACCAUGGAUAAGACCGAGUUGAUCCAGAAAGCCAAGCUGGCGGAGCAGGCCGAGCGCUACGACGACAUGGCCACCUGCAUGAAGGCGGUGACGGAGCAGGGGGCCGAGCUGUCCAACGAGGAGCGCAACCUGCUCUCGGUGGCCUACAAGAAUGUGGUGGGGGGGCGACGCUCUGCCUGGAGGGUUAUCUCCAGCAUCGAGCAAAAGACAGACACCAGCGACAAGAAGAUGCAGCUUAUCAAGGACUAUAGGGAGAAGGUGGAGUCUGAGCUCAGGUCCAUCUGCACCACUGUGCUGGAGCUGUUGGACAAAUAUUUAAUAGCUAACGCAACUAAUCCGGAGAGCAAGGUAUUCUACCUGAAGAUGAAGGGAGACUACUUCCGAUACCUUGCUGAAGUUGCCUGUGGUGAUGACAGAAAACAGACAAUAGAAAACUCACAGGGAGCUUAUCAGGAGGCAUUCGAUAUCAGCAAGAAGGAGAUGCAGCCAACACAUCCGAUUCGCUUGGGUCUAGCUCUUAACUUCUCUGUAUUUUAUUAUGAGAUUCUCAACAAUCCUGAGCUUGCCUGCACACUGGCCAAGACAGCGUUUGAUGAGGCCAUUGCAGAACUUGAUACACUGAACGAAGACUCAUACAAAGACAGUACUCUCAUCAUGCAGUUACUUAGAGACAACCUAACAUUAUGGACAUCAGACAGUGCAGGAGAAGAAUGUGAUGCUGCAGAAGGUGCAGAAAACUAAACUGCACAUGGGGUGUCAUUCUCCCUUUCCUUCUCAAGAAACCUUUUUACACGUCUCCAUUCCUUAUAGCUCCACUUGGAUUUCCUAUAGCAAAGAAAACCCAUCCAUGUGUAUGGAAAUCAAUUUAUAGUCUUUUCACACUGCAGCUUUGGGAAAACUCCAUUCCUUGAUUUGUGUUUGUCCUGGCCUUCCUGGUGUGCGGUUACUGCUGUAGAAAAGUAUUAAUAGCUUCAUUUCAUAUAAACAUAAGUAACUUCCAAACACUUAUGUAGCGGACUAAAGUGUACCUGGUAUUUAAAAACAAAUCUGAACCAGUUCCUGCCAGUUGACUGUGUUUUAUAUUACAGUAAGGUAUGAAAAUGUAGGUAAUUGCAACUAAAGAGUGUUCCACAUAGCUUUUAAUUCUCCACAUUCCCUCCUUACUCUGCAGGUUUUCCUUUCCACAAUUGACUUUCACAUGCUACUGUGUAUUUUUCAGUAGAGAGAUGGAAGUAUUGGUCCAGAUCAAGUUGAGCAUUUCUAGCUUGAAAAUUUACAAAUUGAAUUGCUUCCUGUAUAAUGUAAGACAGGAGCUCGUGUGUUUGAAAACAGGGGCUACUCUUAAUCUUCAGUUGCUGCUGUUUAAGUUUAUAUCCCUUCCCAAUAAAAGUUCACUUACACUCCUGCCUUUGUAGUUCUGGUAUUCACUUUACUAUGUAUUAGAAGCAGCAUGUUACUGCCGGAGUACAGGCAGUGCUUUUUGGCAGACUAAAGUGCAUGUCAUUUCUUAAUACACUGGAAUGGGAAAACCAAUUGAAGUUCACAUGUCCAAGUAUAAAAUUUAGUACUUUUCCAUGCAGGUUUGUGCACAUGUGAGAAGGUGUCAAGUUUGUCCAGUGAUUGUUAUUUAGAGAGUUCGGACCACUAUUGUGUGUUGCUAAUCAUUGAUUGUAGUCCCAAAAAAGCCUUGUGAAAAUGUUAUGCCCUCUGUAACAGCAAAGUAACAUUAAAUAAAAUUACAUUUUAUAAACCACUUACUGUUGACUUGUAACAGUUCCAUGUAAUUGCUUAAGGGCUGAACUCGAGUAUCUCCUGCUAGAAGUGUCGCUCUCAAAUCUAGUGCAUACUUGUAAAAAGUCUGCCCUUAAACUCGUGUCAGAUUGGAGCCAUGUGCAUUUUAGGGAAAUAUCCUGGAUGACUUUUCAUAGCUAACCUGACAUGUGGACUUCUCACUAACUAAAUCUACUUGAGCUAAUGGCUUCACCUUAUUAAUGACUUAAAAAGACAAAACAAAACAACCCCCAAGUAGCCAAUUUUUGGAUGUUUGUCCCUGGCUUGCGAAUCCUCUCUUCUAAAUUAUGCCUUUUUUGUAACCUCUUGAAAUUCUCUCAUUUGUCUUCCUGCUCUGCCCUCCCCCCCAAAAAACCCCUCAUGGUUGUUGUUGUUAUUUUAUGGUAUUCCAGAUGCAGUUUUAGGAGUGCUGAGGAAUUCUUCCCCUAGGAUGUUAGUUUGUGUGCUGCCAUGUCAUUAUCUGCUUUCUUUUGUUCUUAGACUGCUUUUAGUAUUACAGUUUCCCCAAUUUUUAGAGCGUUUGUAAUAAUACACUGCUCUGUGGGUUUCUGUGUAUGUUUAUUUUUUUGCCUAGAUCACGUCCAGAGUUUUUUCCUAAAUCUCUACCUCUUAGUUCCCCAUGUUGAUGGGUUUUUGAAACUAUUUAACUCCUUUUAGUGUCCUGGCUAGACAGGAUGUGACAUUAUGGGAAGUGACAUACUGCCAGUCCGUGGAGGUUUCUGAUGGUACAUCUUCCACCUUCCAUCUGUUUUGUUCAUUCUUUUGAGCGUGCACAAUGAGUAUUCCUACAAUAAAACUGUUCAGAUUAUGUAUGCUUCAACUGACAUGCAUUGCUUUAAGAAAAUUAAUGUAUCGAUUCCAUUUUCUUCAUUCAGUCACUUUGAAUUGCUGUCAAAGUAUUGUGUGGCAGGAUUCUACAUAAACUCAUAUGCUUCUUAA